AUGGCUGACCGAAGUUCAUCCUUACAGGAUGCUGCCCAGAAACGACAAGAAAGGAUCAAGCAGCUUCGUCAGAAACGAUUAGGUGAACAAGCGGACAGCGCCGAGGGGAAGCGCCACGCCGCGGGCGAGUCACUCGCGAAGCCAGUCUUCCGCAGCUACAGGCCGACCGACGAGAGCCUGCAGGAGCACGCCAUUGCCGACAGCAAGCCGGUGAGCCUCGAGGAAAGCGUUGCCGAGCAGCUAGAGGCGGGCCGGCCCGCGCCCGUCAUCGAGGAGGUCGAUCUCAUCAACCUCGCGCCGCGCAAGCCCGACUGGGACCUGAAACGCGACGUCGCGCGGAAGCUCGAGCGACUCGAUAAGCGCACUCAGAAGGCCAUCGCAGAGUUGAUCCGAGAGCGCCUGCAGACGGGGAAGGUCAGCGACCUUGCUUCGGCCGUCGCCGCGGUGACCGAGGCCGCUGAGAACGCCGGCGACUCCGACUGAUCGCCUCCUGAGCGAUCU